AUGUAUAAUGCAACUAUAUGGUUUUUUAUUGUAGCACAAUAUACGGUCGUAUGUCCAACAGCCGUUUGGAACAACACUUUUACAGAGAUUGCAGGUAUAGGGGGAUUAGUAGGAAGUUCAUCAACCUUAUUGAAUGGCCCUCUUGAUAUAUUCUACACUGGAAAUGACACAUUUUAUGUUGCCGAUUACUAUAACAAUCGAGUUCAAAAGUUUGCUGGAGGAUCAGCAACAGCAACAACAGUUCCCAAUUUAUCUCUUUCUAAUCCGAGUAGUAUUCAUGUUACCAGUAGUGGCGUCUUAUACGUUUUGGAUACCAGCAAUUUUAGAGUCGUUCAAUGGAUUAACAAUGUUGUUACAGUAGUGGCUGGUGGUCGUGGUUCUGGUGCGGCACUUUCUCAAAUAGCGACAAGUCACUCAAUGCACGUCGAUGCUAAUUCCAAUAUAUAUGUAUCAGAAUAUACGAAUCAUCGAGUCACUCUUUGGACUGCUGGCAAUCCAAAUACUAGUCAAGUGGUGGCUGGUGGAAAUGGAGCUGGUAGUGCAGCAUUUCAACUUAAGAAUCCGUAUGGGAUAUACGUUGACAGCACUGGUAAAUUAUAUAUUGCGGAUGCCAGCAAUAAUCGGGUUCAAAGAUGGCUUCCCGGUGCAGCUGUUGGUACUUCUGUUGCGGGUCAGUCUGGGGUUGCUGGUGGCUGGUCAUAUCAAUUGAAUUAUCCAUCACAUCUUACGAUGGAUCAAUAUGGUUAUCUGUAUAUAAUGGAUGCUAAUAAUGACAGAAUUCAAAAAUGGUUUCCAGGAGCUAUGUAUGGAGUAGCUGUUGUGUCGGCAAGUAGUAUGAACAAUGCGCGAGCAAUACGUUUUGAUCCUUAUGGUAAUAUCGUUGUGGCUGAUCAUUCUUCACAUCGAGUCAUUUCAUUUGCCAUACUUUGUCUACCAAACGCAACAGCAACUGUAGCACCAACACCGCUACCAGUUACUCCAGUAUGUCCAACAGCUGUGUGGAAUCAAACAUAUUCAGUCAUAGCUGGAUCAUCAGGAAAUUCAGGAUCAACACCAACAACACUUUACUCUCCUCAUAAUAUUCAUAUCGAUACCUAUGGAAAUUUGUACGUUGCUGAUUGUAAUAACCACAGAAUUCAACAAUUUCUAAACGGCUCAACAACUGGUACAACAGUAGCUGGUAUAACAGGUAACAAUGGUGGUAGUUAUUCCCAGCUUUACUGGCCAACGGCAGUUCAUGUUAAUCCAAGCGGUACAAUGUACAUAGCAGACUGGAAUAAUUGUAGAAUCAUGAAAUGGCAAGUAGGAGAUCCACUUGGCUAUGUUGUUGCUGGUGGUAAUGGAUGUGGUGGAGCAUUGACUCAAAUAUACAAUUGCUACGGCAUGUUUGUUGAUAAUCAAAAUAAUAUUUAUAUUGCCGAUUAUCAAAAUCAUCGAGUUGUCAAAUGGCUUGGAACUAAUACCACUUCUGGAAUAUUGGUCGCUGGUGGAAAUGGUCUUGGUAGCACUGCAGAUAAAUUAAAUUAUCCAUGGGGAGUCUAUGUUGACAGCAAUCAGGGUGUAUAUGUUGUUGAUCAUUCAAAUCAUAGAGUUCAAUUCUGGGCAUCUGGGGCGAUGUCAGGUGUUACCGUCGCUGGUAUAACUGGUAAUUCAGGUUCAUGGUCUUAUCAAUUUACUAAUCCAACUGCAAUUACUUUCGAUCCAUAUGGCUACAUGUAUGUUGUGGAUGCUGGUAAUAGCCGAGUUCAACAAUGGUGGCCUGGAGCUUCCUAUGGAAAAACAGUUAUAUCGGUAUCAAUGUCUAAUCCAUAUGGAAUACAAUUUGAUAGCAGUGCGGCUUCAACUACAACAACAACCGCACCACCAACCACAUCAACUACUCAAUUAUGCGCAACAGCGACUUGGAAUUCAACAGCUACUCUUCGAGCUGGCUUGCCAGGAACUUCAGGAUCAACACCUACUAAACUAAAUAGUCCAUAUAAUAUGGAUUUCGAUGGAUAUCAAAAUAUGUACGUUGUCGAUACUACUAAUCACAGAAUUCAAUUAUUCGCACCAGGGUCGUUAACUGGCACAACUGUUGCUGGUACUUCUGGUUCAUCUGGUAAUGGAUAUUCACAACUUAACAGUCCAUCCGCUAUUUAUGUUGAUGCAAACAGAGUCAUGUAUAUCUUAGAUACAUCAAACUAUCGAGUUUUGAAAUGGACAAUUGGAGAUCCAAUAGGUUAUGUUGUUGUUGGUACUCAAACGGCAGGUUCAGCAUUAACUCAAAUUUCAACGAGUUAUGGAAUGUUUGUUGAUAAUCAAUAUAAUAUUUAUGUGUCAGACAGCGGUAAUAAUCGUGUUACUUUGUGGUUGGCAACUAAUAGAACUGCCGGCAUUGUGGUCGCUGGUGGAAACGGUGUUGGUAGUACACUUGACAAAUUAAACAAUCCAUGUGGAAUAUACAUUGAUGUCAAUCAAGCAGUAUAUGUAGUUGAUCGAAAUAAUCAUCGAGUACAACGUUGGGAUAAUGGAGUACUUAGUGGUGUUACUGUUGCUGGUACAACUGGUAGUUCAGGUCCUUGGUCUUAUCAAUUCAAUAGUCCUACAGCAGUCAUGCUUGAUCCUACUGGAUAUAUAUAUGUCUUAGAUUCUGGUAAUGCACGAAUUCAAAAAUGGUGGCCUAGUGCAUUAUAUGGAACAACAGUUUUUUCAGCAUCAUUUGCUACGCCAAUGGGAAUGCAACUUGAUCUUGUUAAUACAUCUACCACGACAACAACUCCUCUACCACCUACUUCAACAACAGCUCAAAUAUGUGCUACAGCUGUUUGGAAUCAAGGUUAUUCAACAUUAGCUGGAUUAUUAUCAACUGCGGGUUCAUCAACAACACUACUUAAUAAUCCAUCUGAUAUUGCUUUUGAUCGAUAUCUUAAUCUAUACGUUGUCGAUACUACAAAUCAUAGAAUUCAACUAUUUCAUUCAGAAUCAAAUAUUGGAACAACAGUAGCUGGUGUGUCAGGUUCUUCUGGUAGUGGAUAUUCACAACUUAACAGUCCAUCCGCUAUUUAUGUCGAUGCAAACAGAGUCAUGUAUAUCUUAGAUACAACAAACUAUCGAGUUUUGAGAUGGGCAUUUGGAGAUCCAUUAGGGUAUGUUGUUGCUGGUAAUCAACUGUCAGGUUCAGCAUUAACUCAAAUUACAACAAGUUAUGCCAUGUUUGUUGAUGAUCAAUAUAAUAUUUAUGUAUCUGAAUAUGGUAAUCAUCGUGUCACUUUGUGGUUAGCAACUAAUACAACUGCUGGAGUACUGGUGGCUGGUGGAAAUGGUGCUGGUAGUACACCACCAAAGUUAAAUUAUCCUUGGGGAAUUUAUGUCGAUGUGAACAGUACAAUUUACGUAGUUGAUAAAGGCAAUCAUCGAGUGCAACGCUGGAUUUCAGGAGCAUUGAGCGGUGUUACUAUUGCUGGUUCAAGUGGCAUUUCUGGUCCUUAUGCUUAUCAAUUUAAUAAUCCUACUGGAAUCGCAUUUGAUCCAUUUGGUUAUAUGUACAUUCUGGAUGCAGGAAAUUCACGUGUUCAACAAUGGCUUCCAGGAGCUACUUAUGGAAUCACAGUCAUAGCACCAUCAAUGAAUUCUCCAUCUUCAAUGAAAGUUGGUCCAAGUGGGAAUCUAGUUAUAGCUGAUACAUCGAACCAUUAUGUUAUAUCAUUUCCUAUGUCAUGUCCAUCACCAUCUACAACAACAACUGCACCACCAACACAAGGAACAACUCCAGUAUGUGCUACAGCAGUUUGGAAUCAAGCAUAUAGUACUUUGGCUGGAUCAAUUUCAACGUCAGGAAUUACAGCAACUCUACUCAAUAGUCCAUAUGAUAUAGAUUUUGAUGGAUAUCAGAAUAUGUAUGUUGUUGACACUAGUAAUCAUCGAAUUCAACGUUUUCCAUUAGGAUCAAAUGUUGGAACAACAGUAGCUGGUGUGACAGGAACUGCUGGUAACAGACUAGCAGAACUCUCUUCUCCAUGUGGAAUAUAUGUUACUCCAAAUCAAACAAUGUUUAUAUUAGAUACAAAUAACUAUCGAGUUUUAAAAUGGCAAGUUGGUGAUCCAUUUGGAACUGUAGUUGCUGGUUGUCAAAGUUUAAGUGCAUCAUUCAGUUGCAUUGGAACAAGUUAUGCUUUAUUCAUCGACAAUCAAUAUAAUACCUACGUAUCUGAAAAUAGUAAUCAUCGAGUAACAAUAUGGCGAGUCACUAAUACAAGUGGUGGACAAUUAGUAGCGGGUGGCAAUGGUCUUGGCAAUACAGCAGAUAAACUUAAUUCUCCAUGGGGCAUUUAUGUGGAUGUCAACGGAAGAAUUUUUGUUGUCGACCGAGGUAACCACAGAGUACAAAGAUGGGAUGUGGGUGCUGCUGUUGGUGUUACUGUUGCCGGAUCAACGAGUGAUUCUGGCCCAUGGUCAUAUCAAUUUAGUAGUCCAACAGCCAUCACAAUUGAUCAAUAUGGUUAUUUGUACGUAUUGGAUUACAACAAUGAUCGUGUGCAAAAAUGGUUUCCGGGAGCAAGUUUUGGAGUUACUGUGGUCAAAACAAGUUUGAACAGUCCAUAUGGAAUGCGAUUUGAUCGUCAAAGUAACAUAGUUGUGACUGAUACAAAUUUUCAUCGAAUUAUAUCAUUUGGACUAACAUGUCCGCCUGCGACAACAACAACUACAGCACCACCAACUCAACCCAUUAUACCACUAUGUGCAACAGCUAUGUGGAAUCAAACAUCUUAUAAUUUAGCUGGAGCCAUGUCUACAUCAGGAAGUACAGCGACUUUAUUGGCUUAUCCAUUUGAUGUUACUUUUGAUGCAUAUCAAAACUUGUAUGUCGUUGAUAAAAAUAAUCAUCGUGUACAAAGAUUUGCUUCAGGCUCAAAUAUUGGUGUAACUGUUGCUGGUUUCUCACUUGGAUCUGGUGGAACACGUGCUGAACUUUAUUAUCCAUCAGCCAUUGCUAUCACGCCAAAUGGAACGAUGUUUAUUUUAGACAAUUGGAAUUUUCGUGUUUUAAGAUGGCAAGUUGGAGAUAUGUUAGGCUAUAUAGUUGCUGGUGGUCAUGGUCAAGGUUCAGCAUAUACUCAAAUGGGAUAUAGCUAUGGAAUAUUUGCUGAUGAACAAAAUAAUAUAUAUUUAUCUGAAGAAGCAAAUCAUCGUGUAAUGUUUUGGACUGUUGGUAAUACAACUGCAGGACAAUUGGUUGCUGGUGGCAAUGGUCUUGGCAGUACAGCAGACAAACUUAAUUCUCCAUGGGGUGUUUAUGUUAAUGUCAAUCGAUCAAUUUUUGUUGUCGAUCGAGCUAAUCACAGAGUACAAAGAUGGGACCUAAAUGCUGCUAGCGGUGUUACAGUUGCUGGAUCAACAAGUGAUCCAGGUCCAUGGUCAUAUCAAUUUAGUAGUCCAACAGCAAUCACAUUCGAUCAAUAUGGUUAUAUGUACGUAUUGGAUUAUAACAAUAAACGUGUGCAAAAAUGGGUUCCAGGAGCUAGUUAUGGCAUGACUAUUAUCACAGCACCAUUUUAUAAUCCGACUGGAAUGAAAAUUGAUCGUCUUGGGAAUAUUGUUGUUGCGGAUGCAUACAAUCAUCGAGUCUUAUCUUUUGCUGUCGUAUGUCCGGCUUCAACAACAACAACUAUGGCACCACCAUUUUCAACAACAACUCCAUUAUGUGCAACAGCUGCAUGGAAUCAAUCAGUUUCGCUAGUAGCUGGUGCAACAUCAAAUGCUGGAUCCACAGCAACGUUACUUUCUAAUCCCUAUUACGUAGCUUUCGAUGGAUAUCAUAAUAUGUAUGUUGUUGAUACUAGCAAUCAUAGAGUACAACAAUAUCAAGGUGGUUCCUUUGUUGGGACAACAGUAGCUGGAUUUUCACUUUCAGCUGGUUCAUCACUGGCAGAGCUCUAUAACCCAGUAGCUAUUCGUGUCACAGACAAUCAAACCAUGUUUAUCUUGGAUAGAGAUAACUAUAGAGUACUUCGUUGGCAAGUUGGAGAUCAACUUGGCUAUGUUAUAGCCGGAGGCCGUGGUGUAGGAGCAUUAUUUACUCAAAUUGGAACAAGCUAUGAUAUAUUUCUCGAUUCUCAGUACAAUCUUUAUAUAUCCGAGUAUGGUAAUAAUCGAAUAACACUCUGGUCAAAUGGAAAUACAACUGCUGGACGACUCGUAGCUGGUGGAAACGGUGCUGGUAGUACUGCGGAUAAAUUCAAUGGACCAUGGGGGAUACAUAUUGAUGCCUCGAGUACACUAUAUGUUGUCGAUCGUUCUAAUCAUAGAGUUCAAAGAUGGCUUUCUGGAGCAAGUCAAGGUGAUACGGUCGCUGGGUCAACAAGUGAUUCUGGUCCAUGGUUAUAUCAGUUAAGUAGUCCUACAAUAAUUACAAUGGAUCCAUAUGGGUACAUAUAUAUAAUGGAUUAUGGUAACGAUCGCGUACAAAAAUGGUGGCCUGGAGCACAAUAUGGAAGCACUGUAGCAGCAUCAUCAACAUUGGGUAAUGCUUAUGGAUUAGCAUUGGAUCCUCUUGGUAAUAUAAUUGUGGCUGAUACAACAAAUGCUCGAGUGGUGAAAUUUAGUUUAAUGUGCCUCGCUAGUACAACAACAACUACAGCACCACCAACUCAGCCAACCAUUUCCAUGUGUCAAACAGCAGCUUGGAAUCAAUCAUUUUCUCUUGCAGCUGGUGCUACAUCAUCCCCUGGCAGUAUAGCAACAUUACUUAAUGGUCCAUAUGAUAUUGCUUUUGAUGGAUAUGAUAAUAUGUAUGUUGUUGAUAUUAAUAAUAAUCGCAUACAAAAGUUUCCAUAUGGAACAUUUACUGCUACAACGGUUGCUGGUUUUACACUUACAGCGGGUUCAACACGUGCGCAACUGAAUACUCCAACAGCGAUUGCAGUUACAUCAAAUGGUACAAUGUUUAUUGUCGAUGAUUAUAAUUUUCGUGUUUUAAAAUGGCAAGAUGGGGAUCCACUAGGUUAUGUAGUUGCAGGUGGUCGUGGUUUAGGCUCAACAUAUGAUAAAUUGGGAUAUUGUGCUGGUAUAUUUGUCGAUGAAAACUAUAAUGUUUAUGUGUCAGACAAUUCAAAUCAUCGAGUAACUAUUUGGUAUGCUGGUAAUACAACAGUAGGAGGAUUGGUGGCUGGUGGAAAUGGUGUUGGAAGUAGCGCAGAUAAAUUAAAUAAUCCAUGGGGUAUAUAUGUCAACGCCAAUGGAUCAAUUUAUAUUGCCGAUCGAAGUAACCAUCGAGUUCAAUUAUGGACUGCAGGUGGAAAUGCUGGAGUAACGGUUGCUGGAACAACAGGUAGUGUUGGUUCAUGGUCAUAUCAACUGAGUAGUCCAACAGGUAUCACUUUGGAUCAGUAUGGUUCCCUGUAUGUACUAGAUUAUGGCAAUAACCGUGUGCAAAAAUGGCUUCCAGGAGCAACGUAUGGAACAACUGUUAUAUUGGCAACUAUGAGUGGUCCAUAUGGCAUGAGAAUCGAUCGUUUUGGUAAUAUGUUUAUUGCUGAUACAGGCUAUCAUCGAGUUAUAUCGUUUGCAUUGAUAUGCCCAUCAUCUGUUACAACAACAACAGCACCACCAACUCAAACACAAGUUCCACUUUGUCCAACUGCGCGAUGGAAUUCAUCAUAUACUACCAUAGCUGGUGCAAUAUCAAAUCCAGGAUCUACAUCAACUUUAUUUUCUUCCCCGUAUGAUACGUAUUUUGAUGGAUAUCAAAAUAUGUACGUGGCUGAUUAUAAUAAUCAUAGAAUUCAACUAUUCCCAGCCGGAUCAAAUAUUGGUCAAACCAUGGCUGGUAUUUCAUUUACGUCAGGUAGUGGACUUUCUGAACUUUCAUUUCCAGCAGCAAUCUACGUUGAUCCUAAUGGAGCAAUGUACAUAUUAGAUAGUAAUAACUAUCGAGUACUUAAAUGGCAAGUUGGAGAUCCUCUUGGUGCUGUCAUCGUUGGCGGUCGAGGUUCUGGUUCCGCAUUGAAUCAAAUAGCACGAAGUUAUGGAAUGUUUGUUGAUAAUCAAUAUAAUGUUUAUGUAUCGGAAAAUGCUAAUCAUCGAGUUACAAAAUGGUUUCAUGGAAAUACAACUGCUGGUAUAUUGGUAGCGGGUGGUAAUGGUUUAGGCAGUACAUCAGAUAAAUUAAAUGGACCUUGGGGAAUCUAUCUUGAUAGUAGUAAUACACUUUAUGUAGUUGAUCGUGGUAAUCAUCGCGUGCAAAAAUGGACAUCAGGUGCUGCUGUUGGUAUUACUGUUGCUGGAUCAACUAGUGAUCCAGGUCCAUGGGUUUAUCAAUUCAAUAAUCCAACAGCAAUCACUUUCGAUCAGUAUGGUUACAUGUAUGUACUAGAUCAAGGCAAUAACAGAGUUCAAAAAUGGUUUCCAGGAGGAAUUUAUGGAACAACUGUUAUAUCGACAACUAUGAGUAGUCCAAUAGGAAUGCAGUGGGAUCUACUAGGAAAUUUGGUUAUAGCUGAUACAUCAUAUCAUCGAAUUCUUUCUUUUCCUGUUACAUGUCCGGGAACAACUACAACAGCUGCACCACAAUCGACUCUGCCAACUAUUUCAUUGUGUGCAACAGCUUCUUGGAAUCAAACAUUUACUCUUGAAGCUGGAUCAACAUCAACGACGGGUAUUACAGGAACCUUAUUGUAUAAUCCAUAUGAUGUUGCUUAUGAUGGAUAUCAAAAUAUGUAUGUAGUUGAUACAUCUAAUCACCGCAUUCAGCUUUUUCAACCAGGCAUAAGUGGCGCAAUAACUAUUGCUGGUAGCACAAGUAAUCCUGGUGCUGCACGGGCUCAACUCAACAAUCCAUAUGCAAUACGUGUCACUUCAAAUGGAACAAUGUAUAUUUUAGAUGGUUCCAACUGUAGAGUGCUCCGUUGGCAAGUAGGAGAUUCAGUUGGCUUUGUUGUUGCUGGCGGACAAAGCUGUGGUUCAGCAUAUACUCAAAUAGGAACAAGUUAUGGUUUAUUUCUUGAUAAUCAAUACAAUGUCUAUGUAUCGGAAAAUAGUAAUAAUAGAGUCACGAAAUGGACUGCAAGCAAUACUACUGCUAGUGUUUCGGUGGCUGGUGGUAAUGGCGGUGGAAGUACAGCAGACAAAUUAAAUGGACCAUGGGGAAUCUAUGUUGAUAGUAGUUAUGCUGUGUUUGUCGUCGAUCGAAAUAAUCAACGAGUACAAAAGUGGAGUUAUGGAUCAAUUAUCGGUGUUACUGUUGCUGGAACAACUGGAAGUUCAGGCCCUUGGUCUUAUCAGUUCAGUAAUCCAACAGCAAUCACUUUCGAUCAGUAUGGUUACAUGUAUGUACUAGAUCAAGGCAACAAUCGCGUACAAAAAUGGCUUCCAGGUGCUAUUUAUGGAAUAACUGUUAUAUCAGCAACUAUGAGUAGUCCAAAUGGCAUGACUUUUGAUCGGUUUGGUAAUAUUCUUAUUGCUGACACAUCUUAUCAUCGAAUUUUAUCAUUUGCUCUAACAUGCCCUGCUACAACGACAACUGCACCACUACCACCAACUCAAAUGUUUGUUACACUUUGUCCAACAGCGACAUGGAAUUCAACAUUUACUCAAAUAGCUGGUGGAACAUCACUUUCAGGAUCUACAGCAUAUUUACUGUCUAGUCCAUAUGAUGUUACUGUUGACGCAUAUCAAAAUGUCUACGUAGUAGAUUAUAAUAAUCAUAGAAUUCAACGAUUUCGAUAUGAAUCUAUUUCUGGUGACACUGUAGCUGGUGUUUCAGCCUCUCUAGGUACUGGGUUUUCCCAACUCUAUUAUCCUACUGCAAUCUAUGUGGAUCCUAGUGGUACAAUGUAUAUUGUGGAUAGUUACAACUAUAGAGUUCUUAAAUGGCAAGAAGGAGAACCUCUUGGUGUUGUCGUUGCUGGUGGUCGAGGUUCUGGCAGCACAUUUGAUAAAAUAGGUUUAAGUUAUGGAAUAUAUGUUGAUGGUCAAUAUGAUGUUUAUGUAUCGGAAAAUGCCAAUCAUCGAGUUACAAAAUGGUUUAAUGGAAAUACAACUGCUGGUCUAUUAGUAGCUGGCGGUAAUGGUUUAGGUAAUACAGCAGAUAGAUUAAAUGGCCCUUGGGGAAUCUAUGCUGACAGUACUACAGUUUAUGUAGUUGAUCGUGGUAAUCAUCGUGUGCAAAAAUGGGUGACGGGUGUUACUUCUGGUGUUACUGUUGCUGGAUCAACUAGUGAUCCAGGUCCAUGGUCUUAUCAGUUCAAUAGUCCAACAGCAAUUGCAUUCGAUCCAUAUGGUAAUAUGUUUGUGUUGGACUCUGGCAAUAAUCGAGUGCAAAAAUGGUGGCCCGGAGGCACUUAUGGUAUAACUGUGUUAUCAGCAACAUUAAGUGGUGCAUUAUCAAUGGAUAUUGAUCGUGCUGGUAAUCUCUACGUGGCCGAUACAGGCAAUCAACGAAUCGUGUCGUUUUCUAUAUGGUGUCCUAAUCCAUCAACAGUAACUCCAACACCACCUACGUCAACAACAACUCUUAUGUGUCCAACAGCAGCUUGGAAUUCAAAUGUUACUAUCAUCGUAGGUGCAACGUCGCUUGCAGGAUCUACACCAACAUUUCUCUCUAGUCCAUACGGUGUUAAUUUCGAUGGAUAUUUCAAUAUGUAUGUUGCUGAUACUGUAAAUCAUAGAAUUCAACAAUAUUCACCGAGGUCAAAUGUAGGAAAGACAGUAGCUGGUGUUACUUCUGCUCCUAAUACUUCACUCGCACAAUUCAACAAUCCAACGGCAGUCGAUUUCGAUUCAAAUGGAAUCAUGUACAUAUUAGACACAUUAAAUUAUCGAGUUUUGAAAUGGACUUUAGGUGAUACAUUUGGUACUGUAGUUGUUAAUGGUCGAGGUUCAGGUACAACAUUGGAUAAGAUUGGACUCAGUUAUGCAAUGUUCAUCGAUCAACAAAAUAAUAUAUAUGUAUCUGAAUAUGGAAAUCAUCGUGUUACCAAAUGGAUAUACGGAAAUAAUACUGUUGGGCAAUUGGUAGCGGGUACUUCAAUUCUUGGUACUACAGCCGACAAACUUAAUUCUCCGUGGGGAAUCUAUGUUGAUGCUAAUAAUGUAUUGUAUGUUGCUGAUCGAUUAAAUCAUCGAAUCCAAAAAUGGCCUGCUGGCGCGGCUAUCGGUGAUACCAUUGCUGGACAGAGUACUGUUGCUGGUUCUUGGUCUUAUCAAUUGAGUUCACCUACGGCAGUCAUAUUUGAUCAAUAUGGUUAUAUGUAUGUUCUGGAUGCUGGAAAUUUACGAAUACAAAGAUGGCUACCAGGAAUGACUUAUGGAGUAACAGUUGUAGCAUCUACAAUGAGUGCAUUAUCAUCUGGAAUGAAUUUCGAUUCAUCGGGUAAUAUAAUUGUUGCUGAUACAUCUAAUCAUCGAAUUAUUUCGUUCAAUGUUGCAUGUCCCAAUCCAACAACAGUUACUCAACCACCUCCCACUUUACCUCCGAACUUACCAUGUCAAACAGGUACUUUUAAUACUACUUGGACAAUAGCAGCUGGUACUUCACCAACAUCUGGUUCAGGAUUAGCUUAUCUAAACAAUCCUAUGGAUAUAUAUGUUGAUGGUAAUCAAUAUAUUUAUGUUGCUGAUAAUGGAAAUAGUCGAAUUCAAAAAUUUCCACCAGCGGACACAACAAUAGGACCACCAACUGGAACUACGGUAGCUGGUUUUACACUAACUGGCGGUAGUGGAUAUUCAGAAUUAUAUAAUCCAACAGCAAUAUUUGUCGAUCCUGAUGGAGUCAUGUACAUAGCAGAUGCUGGCAAUUACAGAAUUCAAAAAUGGUUACCAAAUCAACCAUUAGGUUUUACGGUAGCUGGUGGACGAGGCAAUGGAGCAACAUAUGAUAAAAUUGGAUUAGUUUAUGCAAUAUUUGUUGAUAACGUCGGAAAUAUAUAUGUAUCGGAAAGUAGUAAUCAUCGUGUGACAGUAUGGUAUGCUUCAAAUACAGCUGCUGGUCAAUUGGUUGCAGGCAUUGGUAGUGCUGGUACUGCACUGAAUCAAUUAAAUUCUCCUUGGGGAUUGUUUGUCGAUUCAAAUGCAGCAUUAUAUAUUUCAGAUCGAUCCAAUCAUCGAAUUGUAACUUGGACUGCAGGCGCUACUACUGGUGUAGUUAUUGCCGGUGUAACGGGUACACCUGGAUCAACAGCAACUUACUUGAGUUCUCCUACUACAAUUGCCGUUGAUACUAACAAUAAUCUAUACGUUAUGGAUGCUGGUAAUAAUCGUGUUCAAAGAUUUGCUCCUGGUUCUUCAGUUGCUGAUACAAUUAUAUCAAUGGCUUCCAGCAAUCCAAGAGGAAUGCGACUUGAUUCGAUUAGUAAUAUUUAUAUUGCAGAUAUGAGUAAUCAUCGAAUCACCUUAUACAGAUGUGUCUAUAAUGGUACGACAACAACAAUAUCAACAACUACUACUACAUCACAAACAACAACAAGUGUUACAACUACAACAGAAACUACAACAACUUCUACGACAGGUCCUUCUACGACCUCAACAACUACAACAUCAGCAACUACUCCAGUUGCAAUAACAACAAUUCCAGUAUCUACAAGCACAACACUAGCUGGAGGUACAACUGCACCGGGUGGUGGUGCUGGAGGAACAACUGCACCGGGCGGUGGUGCUGGAGGAACAACUGCACCAGGUGGUGGUGCUGGAGGAACAAAUGCACCAGGUGGUGGUGCUGGAGGAAGUUCCGGCAGUCAGGGAUCAAGCACAGACGACUCAAGUCAGAGUUCGACGAAUCUAGGUACUGUAGUAGGUGCAUUCGCUGGUGCUACAGCUGGUAUAGGAGGUGUUGGCGUUUGCGCUUACUUUGUGACAAAAUAUCUUAUGAAAGGAAGUUCGUCUGCUAUUGAAGGUGCCACUACAAGCAGCCAAGCAUUUUCUAAGACACCAGAUAAUAUACAAUCGACACAAAAAUCAUCUACACAACCAACAAAAAACACGGGUCGUUCUAAUGCACCUUCGAAUACUGGACAAAACAAUAAUUCAACAUCAAAUACUGGACAGAAUAAACUAUCGCCUUCUCAAAUUGAAGUCGAUUCAAAAUUCUAUACUGUUCAUGUUAUCGAUUAA